AUGGAAUCAGAAUUACAAGCUAUAUUAGAUCGAGCACCUUAUCUAACUACAUUGACUAUUCAACAAGAUACAUCAAUAUCUAUACCAAUGUCAUUAUUCAAACAUACAAAUCCAUCGAUUCGUAAACUUGAUUUAGAAAAUUAUGUUCAUUAUUUCAAUGAAAAUGAACGUCUUCUAUUAACUCGUUCAUUAUUAGCUAUUCAAUGUGAAGUACUUUAUAUUCGAAUUAAUAAUCGUGGAAAUAUCAUUACUCUUGUCAGGAAUAUGAUUAAUCUUCGAAUAUUAUAUAUUUAUCAAAGUGAUGAAAAGUAUUCACACUAUAUAUGGUUUUAA